AUAAAUAAGGAAAAUAAAUUUUCAAAUACUAAAAAAAUAAAACCUAGUGGUUUACAAAAAGAAAUAAAACAUAAAAAAAAUCUGUAAUCACUAGUGACUAGAAUAAAUCACAAUAAUGGGUGUACAUUUUGGAGUAUCCACAUUCUUUGUUUUUUGUUUGUUAGCUUUAUCAGCAAACGCUAGAGAAUUCAGAAUCACUGCUCGUCCAGGUUCUGAUAUCACCGGCGAAUUGUCGAAACUAUUCAAGGAGGCAUGUCAGUGCGUGGACAAGAGCACCGUUUUGAUCCCAAAAGGUGAAUUCAAGCUUGGGGAAAUAGAGAUGAUGGGUCCAUGCAAAGCUCCUAUAAUAUUUGUUCUUCAAGGCACUGUGAGAGCUGAUGGGAACGUUAACGGGAAGGACUUUUGGGUCGCUUUCCGCAGGAUUACUAACUUUAGAUUGAACGGAGGUGGUAUCUUUGACGGUGAAGGUAACGCUUCAUGGAGGGCUAAUAACUGCCACAAGACGUCAUUAACUCAGUGCAAAAGACUCCCUAUCAGCAUACGGUUUGAUUACAUAACUGACGGUAAGGUAAGAGACAUAACCUCGUUAGAUGCAAAGAACUUCCACAUUAACGUGAUCGGGGCAAAGAACCUGACAUUCGAAGACAUCAGGAUCGUAGCCCCUGAUGAGAGUCCCAACACCGAUGGAAUCCACGUGGGAAGGAGUGACGGAAUCAAGAUCAUCAACACCAACAUCAAAACCGGAGAUGACUGUAUCUCUGUUGGGGACGGGAUGAAAAACCUUCUUGUGGAAAGAGUUACAUGCGGUCCGGGACACGGAAUCAGUAUUGGAAGCCUCGGAUUAUACGGGCACGAGGAAGACGUCACUGGCGUCAAGGUCGUGAACUGCACCCUCAGGAAUACUGACAAUGGUGUGAGGAUCAAGACAUGGCCGUCCGCAGCUUGCUCCACGACCGCCUCUGGUAUCCAUUUCGAGAAUAUUAUUCUCCAGAACGUUAGCAACCCUAUCCUCAUCGACCAAGAGUACUGCCCCUGGAACCGA